GUCGGGCGGGGCGCCUGCCCAAAAGGCGGAGUCGCCCGGCAUUGGGGCCAGAGCUGAGUGCGCCGUGUUGUGUGGUGGAGAAAGCCAGCGGGAACCCUGACCCCAGGAGCCCCUAGUCUCCGCCCGGCCCGGCCCAGCCCUGCGCUAUGGAGUUCCUCUGGGCCCCGCUCUUGGGUCUGUGUUGCAGUUUGGCCGCUGCUGACCGCCACACCGUCUUCUGGAACAGUUCAAAUCCCAAGUUCUGGAAAGAGGACUACACAGUGCAUGUGCGGCUGAAUGACUACCUGGACAUCAUUUGUCCAUAUUAUGAGGAUGAUUCUGUAGCAGAUACUGCCAUGGAGCGGUACACACUAUACUUGGUGGAACAUGAGGAAUACCAGCUGUGCCAGCCCCAAUCCAAGGACCAGGUCCGCUGGCAGUGCAACCAGCCCAAUGCCAGACAUGGCCCAGAGAAGCUAUCUGAGAAGUUCCAGCGCUUUACACCUUUCACCCUGGGCAAGGAGUUCAAAGAAGGCCACAGCUACUACUACAUCUCCAAACCCAUCCACCACCAAGAAGACCAGUGCUUGAGGUUGAAGGUGACUGUCAAUGGCAAAAUCACUCACAGUCCUCAGGCCCAUGCCAAUUCACAGGAGAAGAGACUUGCAGCAGAUGACCCGGAAGUGCAGGUUCUACACAGCAUCGGUCACAGUGCUGCCCCCCGCCUCUUCCCAUUUGCCUGGGCUGUGCUGCUCCUGCCACUUCUGUUGCUGCAAACCCCAUGAAGGUGUAUGCCACACCUAGCCUUAAGGAUUGGAACUGGGCUGAGGGGACAGGAACAGACACCCAUACCUGUCCUGGGCCACUCCCAAAGCCUCAGUCCUAGGAACCACUCCCAUCACAUGCACAAGCUGUCACCUAGUAGCCUCAAAAUGGGUAUUAAGAGGGUUUCAACCCAAAGGAGGUCAACCAGCCUGGCAGUGCCAUCCCCACCUUCUCAAAGGGAUGGAAAAAGAAGUGGGGACCAUCCUUUUCCCACCAUUCCUGCCUUUAAGCCAAAGAAACAAGCUGUGGAGACAUGGUCCCUUAAAAAGGUCAGAGUGGGAGCCAAGCUGAAAGAGGCCGGGACCAUGUGGAUGGACAAAGUAUGGCAAAAGUGCCCCUCCAAGAGUGAUCCAGGAUGUUAAGAUGAACUGAGUGAAGGAAAAGCAAGAAACAGUUUCCUGCUUGGAGCCAGGUACAGGAGAGGCAGUAUGCUUGGGCUGACCCAGCGUCCCUGGCAAGACUUCCAUCUGUGGAGCUGUUACAGAGAAGUUUGUAGCCAGGCACUGCCUUCUCUUCCAUCCUGGGGCAGUGAUCUCCAGAGCUGUGCCAGCAGGGGGGCUGUGCCAACCUGUUCUUAGUGUGUAGCUGUAAGGGCAGUGCCCAUGUGUACAGUCUGCCUAGAGUAUAAAGGGCAGGGCCCAUGUGUACAGUUAUCUGUAUAUAAAUUUGUGUGUCUGUGAUUUCUACAACUGGAGUUUUUUAUACAACGUUUUUUGUCUCAAAAUAAAGUGUUUGUUUUUUGGUGUGCUUUUC